GCGACAGUGACGCGCAGAGGGAGUCCGGUGGUCCCUUGGGCCGACUUCGGGAAUCAUGCGUGCCUUACUCAGAUUAGUCGUUUUCUGUUAUGUGUGGGAUAUUUUUACUGCCCAGAAAGAGAUCACAGAAGAAGUGAAAAUAGAAGUUUUGCAUCGUCCAGAAAACUGCUCUAAAACGAGCAAGAAGGGAGAUCUGCUCAAUGCUCAUUACGACGGCUACUUGGCUAAAGACGGCUCGAAAUUCUACUGCAGCCGGACACAAAAUGAAGGCCACCCCAAAUGGUUUGUCCUUGGUGUUGGGCAAGUCAUAAAAGGCCUAGAUGUUGCUAUGAUGGAUAUGUGCCCUGGGGAGAAGCGAAAAGUGAUUAUACCCCCUUCCUUUGCAUAUGGAAAAGAAGGCCAUGGCAAGAUUCCACCGGAUGCAACAUUGAUUUUUGAGAUCGAACUUUAUGCUGUAACCAAAGGACCACGAAGCAUUGAAACAUUUAAACAGAUAGACACGGACAAUGACAGGCAGCUCUCUAAAACUGAGAUAAAUCAGUACUUGGAAAGGGAUUUUGAAAAAGAUGCAAAACCACGUGACAAGUCAUACCAGAAUGCAGUUUUAGAAGACAUUUUUAAGAAGAAUGACCAUGAUGGUGAUGGCUUCAUUUCUUCCAAGGAAUACAAUGUAUAUCAACAUGAUGAACUGUAGUUUAUUUUUAUAUCAAAAUUUCAUACCUUACUUUAUAAAAUGAAGUCAGCUUUCUGCCAGUUUUAUUUUCUAUUUUUCACCCAGGAGGAUAUAUUUGGAUACGUACUUUACAUUUAAUUAUGGUAUAAUAAAUAUGAGGCUGUUUUGCAAGUUUAACUUUGAGGAAAAGUUCUAUUGAAUAUCUUAUUGCUUUAUUGACCUCUGUGUCCAGUGGGCAGUUUUACCCCUUUGAAACAUAAAUGUCAAAAUCUACAAGCAGUUCCUACCUAAUUCUAGCCUUAACAGCAUAACAUAUGUAUGCAAAUAUUCCAUUUAUGUUCAAAUGCCCCAGAAAUUAACAUUUCAUUUGUACCUUUCAUAGUUUAUGCACUCAGUAAGAUAUUAGUGUUACUCUGUCCCAUAGAGAGCUUUGACGUAAUUCUCUGGAAUUUUUGGUACAAUCUUCUGGCCUUUGGGUAUUUUUUCCAAUGAAAAAAUGUUUAAAGUGGGCCCUCCCUGGUGAUACAAC